AUGGCGUCCGAACUCCCGGCCAAGGAAGAUGACUUUGACCUCGAGCGGAACGAAGGUCAUCAGUUUUUGAUGAACGAUACGGUUCAUAGCUUUUCGUGGAAUGAUCUACGAGUCACAGUCAAGGAUCGUCAAACGAAGCUACCCCGACAUCUCAUCGAUGGGAUCAGUGGUUCUGCGCAGAGAGGGGAGCUGGUUGCUUUGAUGGGUCCAUCAGGAUGCGGUAAAACGACACUCCUUAAUGUCCUUGCUCGUCGUGUAGCAACUUCGGGCGCAACACAUGCCGGAGAAUGCUACGUUAAUGGUUCUUCAAUUGAUAACACAACCUUUGGUCGACUCACAUCCUAUGUGGAGCAGGAAGAUGCCUUGAUUGGUUCAUUGACUGUGCAGGAAACAUUGGAGUUUGCAGCUGAUCUUUCUUUACCAAGGUCCGUCUCCAAGUCUCAGCGAAAAGAGCGCACUCGUACUCUGUUGGAGGCCUUUGGUGUUCAAAAUCAAGCCUCGACGCUAGUUGGCACUCCAAUCCGCAGAGGCAUAAGCGGGGGGCAGAAACGGCGGGUUGGUGUCGCCAGUCAACUAAUAACCUGUCCGAAGAUUUUAUUCUUGGACGAGCCUACUAGUGGUCUAGACUCGACGGCCAGCUAUGAAGUCGUCUCUUAUAUCAAGAAGUUGGCUAUCGCAAAUAACCUCAUUAUCAUCGCCAGCAUUCAUCAGCCAUCAUCAACCACUUUUCAGCUCUUUGAUAAGCUGCUUCUGCUCUCAGGGGGAAAGACGUGCUAUUGUGGUCCUCUCGCUGAGGUGCCUGCUUAUUUUGACCGACUGGGCCAUCCCAUUCCUCCGAAUACAAAUCCAGCCGAGUUCAUUCUUGAUCUGAUCAGCGCCGACUUCGCCAGCAGUACGCUAUGCGCGCCGGAGGAUCAAGUAGAGGAGAUAUGCGCAGCUUGGCAGCAGUCUGCGGAGCGUAGUGCGAUGAACGAGCGGUUAUCGCAGGACUCACGAGGCAUAGAGAAGGAUUUCAGUCAGGUUGACGUUGCAGAGCUUGGCCGUCCAGGGAUGAUUAGUAUCAUCGUGUCCCUCUUACACCGCGCCUUCAUCAAAAGCCACCGCGAUAUUGUGGCAUACGGCAUUCGAAUUGUUAUGUAUAUGGCUCUGGCCAUCUUGGUAGGAACUGUCUGGCUCCGUUUGCACAGUGAACAAGCCUACAUCCAGCCACUCAUCAACUCCAUAUUCUUCGGGUCCGCAUUUAUGAGUUUUAUGGCCGUCGCCUACGUGCCCGCCUUCCUCGAGGACCUCGCAACCUUCACGAAAGAGCGUGCAAAUGGCCUGUAUGGGUCUUUUCCAUUCCUCGUGUCCAACUUCAUCAUCGGACUUCCGUUCCUCUUCCUCAUCUCCCUACUCUACUCCCUGAUCGCCUACUGGCUCAACAACCUCACCCCGACCGCCACGGCGUUCUUCACCUGGAUCAUGUGGAUCUUCCUCGACCUCGUAGCCGCCGAAUCCCUGGUUGUGUUUGUGUCGUCCAUCUUCCCCAACUUCGUCAUCGCCCUUGCACUCGUGGCCUUUGCCAACGGACUCUGGAUGGCUGUAGGAGGCUUCCUCGUCACACAGACCGUCCUGAACCCGUUCUGGAAAUACGUGUUUCACUAUAUAGACUACCAGGCCUACGUUUUCCAAGGCAUGAUGGUCAACCAAUUCUCCGACCGCAUCUUCGCCUGCGCCUCGGACUGCACCUGCAUGUACCAGACUGACCUGGCCGCGCAGUGCCAGAUCCGGGGUACAGGCGUGCUGCACGAGUAUGGCUACGCGACGGGCCGCACGGGCAAAUGGGUGGGUAUCCUGCUGGGAAUUAUUGCUGCGUAUCGGUUGUUUGGGUAUUUGGCCCUGGUGUUUUUGAGGCGAUGA